AUGUCGUGGGUUGAUUUGAAAAGAAUUGCCAAUGGGAAUGCCUGCAAUUCUUCUUAUCUUUGCUGUUUUCGCUCUUCCACCUCAAUUGGAGCUCGUCCUCAGUUCUUCAUGCCACCACCUCCGAUUCUGAUAGCUCCCCCACCUCUUCCAAUUCUGCUGCCACCACCGCCACCACCAAUUCUUUGGCUGUCUCCACCACCACCGCCGCCGUUUUUACUUCCACCUCCAUCACCUUUCUAUGGUUUUUAA